AUGUCAGCUGUCGCAGUAGCGGUAAUGGAAACAGGGAUAUCGUCUGUUUGCACUAUGGGCACACCGGAGUGUGACGAAGAACUUUACCUCUUCCUGCGUUGCCUGCGAGUACACCAUCCGGAUAUCCCCGUCAUUGUGGGGUGCACAUCAGCCAUGCUCAAAGUAGGGGAAAACACGAAGAGUAAAGCUUACGCCGGAUUUUGUAAUGAUAGUCGCAUGGUAUGGAUACCGUGCUUGGACCCCUACGUGCCGAUCCAGCGGAGAGAAAUGGAGCGGCAGCCCGGUGUGUGGUACCCCUCACGGCACACGGACUUUAUGAUGGAGAAGGCGAACCUCAUGGAACAUGCCAUGAUGCUUCGAGAGGAACACGGCGGGGAAAACAUGGGGGCGGUAUUGUUUCUGGACUGUGAUGUUAUUUUGUUGAAUGAACUUCCGCGAAUUCCUUCCGGUACGGAAGUGGCGCUCUCACCUCAUCGAAUUUCUCCAAGGGAUGAGGCCCUUUUUGGACGCUACAAUGGUGGGUUUGUGGCUGCUGCGUCUCCUGCUCCUUUGCAUGAAUGGCGACGUGCGACGCGGCACUCACGUUUCUUUGAUCAGGCUUCCCUAGAGAAUGUUGCAAAGAAAUUCGCUUCCACUUUGUACGAGAUUCCCCCGCAGCACAAUUAUGGUUACUGGCGUUUCUUUCAAUCCUAUCGGAAGAAUCCGCUGCUGGAGGCGCGGCAGUUUUCCAUGAGACGCAUCGGUGCACAGGGUGAGUGGAUGCUGUGCUACGAAGGGAAACCACUAGGGUCUAUUCACACGCACUUUUUGGAUGCAAUCAAUCCACGUGCCCGUGACGUUUCUGUUUUCAAUGGACUCAUGAAGGAAUGGAUUCUGAAGUGCAUUCGGCCCACACCGCACGCCACCACGACUGCGCUAUGCUCCGGUGCGCUGGCAGCAGUGGCGGCAGGAAACCGUCGCUACAAGGAGUGUUUUGAUCUUUCCAUUCUCACAGAAACACGGUAA